UACGAACGUUCAGAGAGAUGGAGAUUUGCUGAUAAGUGUUUGUUAUUGUGUAAUCAUGAGUAUAUUGAAGGUUUUACCGUUGAUGUACUUGGUGGUGAAAACAUCCGCACUAUGGUUACCACGAUUGGACCCACUGCACGUAAAAGAAAAUAAUGAAAACUGUCUAUGCCCUACGGAAUCUCCCACGAUCAUCAACAGUUUGGAUUCAGAUCAUUCAGGUGUCGAGAGACUAGUUGUUUUCGUAUACAAGAAACCAAACACAGGUGAAAUUGUCAGCUUCAUUCCUCAAAAGGAACAUCAGAGAAAAAUUCCCGAUUUCCCCGACACGUAUGGUCACAUUCAUAAUAUUGACCAGAAUCCGUCUAUUAGAGAAAUAUUUGAAAUCAGUCCCAGCAAAGAUAUACGGGAACAUAAAACAUAUAUUGAACCUGUACCACAGCAUAACAUCAAUGAAGAUAAAGAAAACAUUGUAGUUCAUAAAAUACCUAAAGACUUUAAUGAACAACAUUCUUACACUGAGAUUAAAAUCCCGGAAUGGCAUAUGUCACAUGAUAAAAAUAAAGUGAAACCUGAAUCAAUUGAUUCAUAUCCACUGCAUAUAUCAGAAGAAAAUGACGACAAAAAACCAGAAAUUAUGAUCAAUGACAUUGACAUGAAAAUCCCCAAAUGGCAAAUGCAGAUUAAUAAGAAUAAAGUUAUACCUGAAAACAACCAUAAAAUAACAAAAACUAUUAUUGAUGGCAUUGACAUGAAAAUACCGGAGUGGCCAAUGCAACUUGAUGGAAUCAAAGUUAAACCUGAACAUUUUAUUUCACAACCAAAUGACUACAAAAAUACAGAAAUUAUGAUUGAUAACAUUGGUAUGAAAAUUCCGGAGUGGCCAAUGCAACUUGAUGAAAUCAAAGUUAAACCUGAACAUUUUAUUUUAAAUCCAAAUGAUAAGAAAAAUACAGAAAUCAUGAUUGAUAACAUUGGUACGAAAAUCCCGAAGUGGCCAAUGCAACUUGAUAGAAUCAAAAUUAAACCUGAACAUUUUAUUUCUCAACCAAAUGACCAUAAAAAUAGACAAAUUAUGCUUGAUAACAUUAAUAUGAAAAUCCCAGAGAUGCCUAUGCAACUUGAUGGAAUUAAAGUUGAACCUGAACAUUUAAUAUCAUAUCCAAAAAACCACAAAAAUACAGAAAUUAAGAUUGAUGACAUUGGAAUGAAAAUCCCGCAGUGGCAAAUGCAAAUUGAUCAGAAGACAGUUAAACCUGAACAUUUUAUUUCAAAUCCCCAGCAUAUAUCAGGACAAGAUGAUCACAAAAAGACAAACAUUGUAAUUGACACUGACAUUAAUAUUCCAAAAUGGCAAAUGCAACUUGAUGAAAACGAAGUUAUACCUGAACCAUUUAUUUCAUAUCCAAAUGGUCAGAAAAAUACUGAAAUUAUAAUCGAUGAAACUGGCGUACAAAAACCGGAAUUGGAAAUGGAACCUGAUGAAAACAAAGUUAAUCCUGCUCAAAUUAUUUCACAGCUUAUACCAGGAGGAAAUGACGACAUAAAGACAGAAAUUGUGAUUGAUGAUAUUAAACCUCCAACACAAGAUGUAUCGUCAGAACUUAUACAUGUUUCAGAAGAAAACAACCCAAAUUCUCACGAAACAUACCAUGCUCCUGUUAAACCAUUAAGAAAUAAUGAUAUUAGUUUGGAUGACUCUUCUUCUUCAAUAGAUUCGACCUUAAUAGACUCUUUAGAACCUCAAGAUCUGUUUGCAGAAAGUAACUCAGAACACACUUUACCAGGCGGGAUUGAAACGAUUUGGCAUAAAGAACCUUUAGACGAACCUAAUCAUUCCAUUCAUAUUAGACAUCCUCCAAUCGAGAAAUUCCGGUUUCCGGUUGAUCAAGAGGUUAAAUUUCCAGCAUUCCGAAGAAUGAAAGUGCCUCGAAGAGACAAAUUUGGCAGAAUUAUAGGUUGGACUUUCAAAACCAUUAAAACUUAUUGGAAAGGAGGUUCACGUAUCCCUAAUCAUUGGGACAAAUUUCGAACAGAUCAGUACAAACCUUUUAAUUACAAUUAUCAUUAUAUAGAAGAUCCAGCCUUCGACCAUUGGCUUAGAGAGCAACUCAGAAUCACAACUCUCAAUGGUAAUAGAAUACCUUCAAGCACAGCAGAUAUCAUAGCAUUGGACAGAGCAAUAAGAAACGUUCUUUUGCAAAACGGUUGGAUUGUUACUGGCGAGGGAACUCUUAUAGAUGGCAGUGGUAAAAUGUCAAGCCUUGAUAACCUAAAGCUUAGACCAAUUUUAGUGGGAAAACCAUUUUCUUACGAUCGCUUGAUGAAACAAAGUACACACGAGUAUAAAGCGUCAUCAAAUAUUCCCUAUUUAGAAGGAUUGUUACUCACAAUGAUAAAGCCAGCAAAAAUUUUAGGAAUUGUGCCCUUAUCUAUUACUCCACAUAAACAUCAUUCUGAGGCCGGUGUUCAGGGGCGUAGUUCCAAAGAUCAACAAAGCUUAUUGAGAGUUUUGCCUAUUGAAGAAUUAGUGUCGUUUAGGAAAGAUACCCAUAAGACAAAAAAACCUCAGGACUCAACCAAAAAUAAAUCAGAAAAAUCUCAGAUCUCGAGCAGAAAUAAAUCUCAAGACGCUGCAUUACUGAGACAAGCCUUGUCAGAGAUACAACCGCAAUACGCAAAGGGAUCACUAACAACCCUGAAACAAGGAAAAGGGCAGGUAAAGCACAGGGAUUUUGGAAUCUAUGGUACUCAUAGAAUUAUAACUCCUGAGAUGCCGGAGUGGAGGAUAAUUGGAGGUAAUUCUGCAACCAGCAGUGGUACUCCUUUAGAGUGGAAGGGUAGAUCUGGUUUAAAUGGAUAAAAAAGCUAAGAUUGGCAUAAUAUUCCUAAUUAUGUUAAUAUUAAGUAGAGUUAAGAACAUUAGAUUAUUAAAUUAAUUUGACGACCCAGGCUAGUAUCCGUAUUAUUCCGAAACUAUUUUGAAGCAUUAAUAAAAGGGAUCCCAGAAGCA